AUGGGGCUGCUGUCCCAAGGCUCGCCCAUGAGCUGGGAGGAGACCAAGCGCCACGCCGACCACGUGCGGCGGCACGGGAUCCUCCAGUUUCUGCACAUCUACCACGCCGUCAAGGACCGGCACAGGGACGUGCUCAAGUGGGGCGACGAGGUGGAAUACAUGUUGGUGUCUUUUGAUCAUGAAAAUAAAAGAGUCCAGUUGCUCCUGUCUGGAGAAGAAGUCGUUGAGGCUCUACAAGAAAAGGGGGAAAAGAAAAACCCAAACCACCCUACACUUUGGAGACCGGAGUACGCGAGUUACAUGAUUGAAGGGACGCCUGGACAGCCAUACGGAGGAACCAUGUCCGAGUUUAACACAGUCGAAGACAACAUGAGACAGCGCCGGAAGGAGGCAACUUCUUUAUUAAAAGAAAAUCAGGCUGUUUGCACAAUAACUUCAUUUCCCAGAUUAGGCUGUCCUGGGUUCACGCUGCCCGAGGUCAAACCCAACCCAUUGGAAGGAGCUUCCAGGUCCCUCUUCUUUCCUGAUGAAGCAAUAAACAAGCAUCCCCGCUUCAGUACCCUAACCAGAAAUAUUCGGCAGAGGAGAGGAGAAAAAGUGGUCAUCAAUACGCCAAUAUUUAAAGAUAAGAACACACCGUCUCCGUUUAUAGAAACAUUUCCUGAGGAUGACGAGGCGGCGAAGGCUUCGAAGCCGGAUCACAUCUACAUGGACGCCAUGGGAUUUGGGAUGGGCAAUUGCUGUCUUCAGGUAACGUUCCAAGCCUGCAGCAUUUCCGAGGCUAGAUACCUGUAUGAUCAGUUGGCAACUAUCUGCCCAAUUGUCAUGGCUUUGAGUGCUGCGUCUCCUUUUUACCGAGGCUAUGUGUCAGACGUUGAUUGUCGCUGGGGCGUGAUUUCUGCAUCUGUAGAUGAUAGAACUCGGGAGGAGAGAGGACUGGAGCCACUGAAGAACAAUAACUAUAGGAUUAGUAAAUCCCGAUAUGAUUCAAUAGACAGUUACCUGUCCCAGUGUGGCGAGAAAUACAAUGACAUCGAAUUGACAAUAGAUAAAGAAAUCUAUGAUCAACUGUUGCAGGAAGGCAUUGACCACCUCCUGGCCCAGCAUGUUGCUCAUCUCUUUAUCAGAGACCCGCUGACUCUGUUUGAAGAGAAAAUACACCUGGAUGAUGCCAAUGAGUCUGACCAUUUUGAGAACAUUCAGUCCACAAAUUGGCAGACAAUGAGAUUUAAACCUCCUCCUCCAAACUCAGACAUUGGAUGGAGAGUGGAAUUCCGGCCCAUGGAGGUUCAGUUAACAGACUUCGAGAACUCUGCGUAUGUGGUGUUUGUGGUGCUGCUCACGAGAGUGAUCCUUUCAUACAAAUUAGAUUUUCUCAUUCCACUAUCAAAGGUUGAUGAAAACAUGAAAGUCGCACAGAAACGAGAUGCUGUGCUGCAGGGAAUGUUCUACUUCAGGAAAGAUAUUUGUAAAGGUGGCAACGCUGUGGUGGACGGCUAUGGCAAGGCCCAACAGAGCCCGGAGCUGGCCACAGAGGAGCAUGAGGAGUAUGCCCUGAUGAGCAUCGACACCAUCAUCAAUGGGAAGGAAGGCGUGUUUCCUGGGCUGAUCCCGAUUCUCAACUGCUACCUGGAAAACAUGGAAGUGGAUGUGGACACCAGAUGUAGUAUUCUGAACUACCUAAAGCUGAUUAAGAAGAGAGCAUCUGGAGAACUAAUGACAAUCGCCAAAUGGAUGAGGGAGUUUAUUGCAAACCAUCCUGACUACAAGCAAGACAGUGUAAUAACCGAUCAAAUAAACUAUAGCCUUAUUUUAAAGUGCAACCAAAUUGCAAAUGAAUUAUGUGAAUGCCCAGAGUUACUUGGACCAGCAUUUAAGAGAGUAAAAUACAGCAGCAGUAAAACGGACUCUUCCAACUAG